AUGAGAGGUUGUUAUCUCCGAUUUCUGCUUUUACUACUUGUAUUCUUAUCAUGCAAUACAACAAAACUUGGAUCUAGUUUUGAUUUGCAUACUGAUUCUAAAGUCAGAUGCAUAGAGGAAGAACGACAAGCACUCCUCCAAUUCAAACAACACCUUGUUGAUCGUUCCCAUUGGCUAUCUUCUUGGGACAGUGGUAAUGAAGAUUGUUGCAAGUGGGAAGGAAUUAAAUGCAGCAACAAAACAGGUCAUGUUGUUAAGCUUGAUCUCCAGGCAAAUUGGUUAUAUGGCGCUGAACCUGCAACCAAAUAUCUAGAAGGUGAGAUAAGCUCUUCAUUACUUGGAUUGCAAUAUUUGACUUAUCUGGACUUAAGUUGCAAUAACUUUUCCAUCAUGAAAUCAUUCCCAAAUUUUGUUGGCUCAUUUGCUAAAUUACAACAUCUCAAUCUUUCAUAUACCCAAAUAGCCGGAACCAUUCCGCAACAAUUGGGAAACCUCUCAAGAUUGAUUUCUCUUGAUCUCAGUUGGAAUUAUGAUCUGAUGGAGGCACAUAAUCUUGAUUGGUUAACUCAUUUUUCAUCCUUAACAUACUUGGACAUGGGUGGGGUCAACCUCAGCCAGGUAGUUAAUUGGUCCAAUAAGGUUAUGAUGCUCCCUUCUUUGACUCACUUGGGUCUACAUGAUUGCAGUCUCUCCCCAACAACUUCUCGGCUGCUAUCCAUCAAUGCUAAUUCCUCAUCACAACUUCAAUUUCUAGAUCUCAGUUGGAAUUAUGAUAUAGUGGAAGUACAUAAUCUUGAUUGGUUAACUCAUUUUUCAUCCUUAACAUACUUGGACAUGGGUGGGGUCAACCUCAACCAGGUAGUCAAUUGGCCCAAUAAGGUUAUGAUGCUCCCUUCUUUGAAUCACUUGAGUCUACAAGAAUGCAGUCUCUCCACAACAACUUCUCAACUGCUAUCCAUCAAUGCUAAUUCCUCAUCACAACUUCAAUUUCUAGAUCUCAGUUGGAAUUAUGAUCUGAAGGAGGUACAUAAUCUUGAUUGGUUAAUUCAUCUUUCAUCCUUAACAUACUUGGACAUGGGUUGGGUCAACCUCAGUCAGGUAGUCAAUUGGCCCAAUAAGGUUAUGAUACUCCCUUCUUUGACUCACUUGAGUCUAUGUCGUUGCAGUCUCUCCAAAACGACUUCUCAGUCGCUUUCCAUCAAUACUAGUUCCUCAUCACAACUUCAAUUUCUAGAUCUCUCUGAAAAUUAUGAUCUGAGGGAGGUACAUAAUCUUGAUUGGUUAAUUCAUCUUUCAUCCUUAACAUACUUGGACAUGGGUUCGGUCAACCUCAGCCAGGUAGUCAAUUGGCCCAAUAAGUUUAUGAUACUCCCUUCUUUGACUUACUUGAGUCUACGUGAUUGCAAUCUCUCCACAACGACUUCUCAGUUGCUUUCCAUCAAUACUAGUUCCUCAUCACAACUUCAAUUUCUAGAUCUCUCUUACAAUCAUCUCGACCGCUCCAUAUUUCAUUGGUUGUUCAACUCCACUUUUGGUAGCCUAAAUUCUCUAAGAACACUAGGUCUCAAUGGAAAUAAGCUUGUUGGUGGCAUUCCAAAAUCUUUUUGGAAUUUAUGCUCCUUACAUUCAUUGGAUCUUUCAAGAAACAGUCUCAGUGGAAAUCUUUACGAGUUUAUGAGUAAUGCGUCAGGUUGCUUAAUGGACUCUUUGCAGAAUUUUGGAAUAAGCUACAAUAGAUUCACGGGACCAUUGCCUGAGAGUAUUGGAAACCUAUCCAAUCUUCAGAUUUUGGAUGUCUCUGAGAAUUCCCUUGCAGGGGUGAUCACUGAAGCCCAUCUUUCAAAUCUGAACAACCUGAAAGAGCUAUAUUUAGAGUCAAAUUCUUUGACUUUGAGAUUUAGCUACGAUUGGGUUCCACCCUUCCAGCUGGAAGAUAUUUAUUUGGGUUCUUGUAGAUUGGGAUCGACUUUUCCAAAGUGGCUUCAAAGUCAAAAGAAUUAUAUUUCGCUUGAUAUUUCUAAUGCUGGGAUUUCUGACAUUAUCCCUGCUUGGUUUUGGGACUUCUCUCCCCAGUUAUCCUAUUUAGAUUUGUCUAACAAUGAGUUGCAUGGGAACUUGCCAAACUUUUCAUCAUCCAGAGUUGGUGAAUAUGCUUUUAUAGAUUUAAGCAGCAACCUUUUCGACGGUUCAGUACCACCUUUUCCAUCAAAUGUGAUAUCAUUAGACCUAUCGAAUAAUAGGUUUUCUGGGCCCGUUUCAUUCCUAUGUGAACUCAAUACUCCAACGUUAUUGGAGUCUUUAAACCUCUCAAACAAUACAUUGUCUGGAAAGCUUCCGGAUUGCUGGACAUAUAUACGUGACUUGGUUGUUCUUAAUUUGGCCAACAAUAAUUUCUAUGGAAAGAUACCAGACUCAAUGGGCUCCCUAGCCUCGAUCUCUCUUUUGCAUUUACACAACAAUGGAUUUGUGGGAAAGAUUCCGGCAUCCCUUCAGAAUUGUAGCAAGUUGAUAACCAUUGACUUGGGAGGAAAUAACUUGUCCGGAAUGGUACCUUCAUGGAUUGGUGAUAGUCUGCCAAAUUUGGUUAUUCUUAACAUACGUUCUAAUCAGCUUUCUGGAAGUUUGCCUUUAGACCUAUGCCUUCUACCACAUAUUCAGAUCUUGGACCUUUCUUUGAACAAGAUCGAGGGAACUAUUCCAGAAUGUAUUUACAAUUUGACUGCAAUGUCUGUCUCUAAGAACGAAUCUAGCAUUUUCACGUUUGGCUCAAGAAGGUUGUAUAUGGACGAUGCAAUAUCAUUGGUAUGGAAAGGAAGAGAGCUUGUGUUCGAAAGUUCCUUGGGACUUUUGAAUGUGAUUGAUCUUUCUAGUAACAAAUUACAUGGAGAAGUUCCGGAUGGAAUUACUAAACUUACAGAGUUACUCGCCUUGAAUUUAUCGAGAAACAAUUUAACUGGGUUAAUCCCUCCAAAGAUCGGUUUGUUGAAAAAUCUGGAAUCCCUAGAUUUAUCCAGAAACCAUCUUUGUGGUGAAAUCCCGAUGAGCAUUUCCAGCAUUAGUUUUCUUAGUCAAUUGGACUUGUCCACCAAUAACUUAUCUGGCAAGAUUCCAACAGGAACUCAAAUCCAAUUACUCAAUGCUUCUGCAUUUUUGGGAAACCCAAAACUAUGUGGCUCUCCACUUCCAAACAAGUGUCUUGAAGAUCUCCACAAGAAUAACAGCAUUCAAACAGAUGAUAAUGACAGAUUUAUAACAAAAGGAUUUUAUAUUGCUGCAACUCUUGGAUUUAUUGGAGGAUUUUGGAGUGUAUGUUUCAUUUCAGUACUAAACAUAAGAUACAUAAUGGAGCGUCUUACUUCCAAUGCUCAAAUGAUGUUAACAUAG